AUGACCCCGACCCUGACUCCGACAACUCUGGAUCUGCCUAGGGCUGCUGCUGCACCAACAGCCAGCACCUAUGGGCGCCUCUCCACCGGCCCCGACCCCCCCCCAACCUCCAAUACGGCCGCGUCUGCGACUCCGGGCCCUGUGCGCACCUCCUCGGUGACCGAAUCUGCGCAGAUGGCGCUGCAGCUGCUGCGCUCUAGUCUCCUGGAGGAACCCCGUCACUCCCGCGCCCUCGCAGCUGUCGCCCUCCCUGACGCCUGCCACUUGGAAUUUCACGCCCUCGACUCCUCCGACCCACCGAACCUCGUGAGGAUGCAGAACCUCGAGGCGGCCAUAGGGUUUACAGUCGGCGACCUUGUCCAGCCGCCAUGUACUGACUGCGCGGCUGGAUACAGCCAGUUUGCGGGGUGUGUCCGGGUGGAGGGACUCCUCCAUGGGAGCUGCACCAACUGUCACUUCGGUGGCGAAGGCGCGUGCUGCUCGCUCCGUGCUUCUGUGGUCCCCUUGGGGCCUGUUGGGUAG